AUGGCUGACGAGUCCAGUGUGACUCAGGAUCAAGAUUCGUCGCACACCAAGCGAAAUGACAUUGUUCAUAAUGUUGUCGGUGAUGUGGAAGGGGAAGCUGCUGGUCAGCGGAAACGUGGUUGGUUUCACCGAAGCGGUAGGUCUGAAGAACGAAAGCUUUUGCUGAAGCUUGACUUCUUCAUUCUACUUUUGGAUGCUUCAAAUCUUCGAAACGCAUACGUGUCUGGCAUGGAAGAGGAUUUGGAACUCUUCGCCGAUCAAUACAAUUAUUUUCAAACGUUGUGGACAACAGGCUACACGAUUGGCAUGAUUCCCAGCCAAAUCAUCGUUACCCACGUGCGGCCCUCGAUUUGGCUCCCAUCCAUCGAGGCAACAUGGGCUAUCCUCACCUUCUGCUUUGCCGCUGUCAAGAACUACAAGCACAUCUAUGUCCUUCGACUAUUGCUCGGACUCGCCGAGUCUCCAUUUUAUGUCGGAGGCAUGACACUACUUGGAAGCUGGUACACUCCCAAGGAGCUAGCCACUCGCGGUACCAUUUUCUACUCGGCAUCGCUGGAGAUCUUCAUCAUGUGCGGAAUCAUCAAUGUUCCUGGUGCUGUUUGGGGCUUCUUUGCCGUCCCCGACAGUCCUUAUGACACGCGUGUGUUCUAUCUCAACGAAGAGGAGCGAGAAUUUGCAAAGUCGCGAGUUGUUGAAGUCGGGCGCAAAAGAUUUGAGGGUGUGACGCUUAAGACUUUCAGGAGCGUUUUCAGCCGCCCUUUUGUUUGGGUCUUUGUCCUCAGCUAUAUAUUCUUCUGCAUCGAUACGUACGGCCUUGACUUCUUUGCCAUCUACCUAAAGACUCUCAACGAGUACACGGUACAAGAGAUCAACGUUAUUCCCACAGCCGCGUAUGCAAUCGGUCUCGUCGGGACAAUCUUGUUUGGCCUGCUGUCUGACAGACUGGAGAAUCGCUUCUGGGUCGCGCUAAUCAUCACGUCCUUGAACUUUGUCACGUGUGUUGUCUUGGCCGUUGUCCCUUCGAAAGCGGGCGCGUUCUUCGGGUACCUCGUCAACCCGGCCACCCUUGCCUAUGGGCCUGUGAUCAUCUCUUACCUUGGUGAAACCUUUGGCUCUCUAGCGGACGAGAGAGCUCUCAUUCUUGGGAUUGCUCAAGCCUUUGGUGCAACUUUCAAUGCUUGGGUUCCGCUUCUCAUCUUCAAUACGGGGACGCAGACGCCUUACUUUCGGGUAGGAUGGAUCACCUCAUCUGUUUGUGCGGUUGCGCAGGCUGUAGGUAUACUGCUAUUGGGCCACUUCGGGAGACAAGUUCGAAAGGCGACUGUUGAUAGCUAA